GAAAUACAUAACCUGUGAGCUCAAUGCAUGGUAAAUGGGAACAUGGCGGGCUCCUGGUGGAGGCAUUGCCGGAGGUGGAGUACAGGCUGUUCUAAUGCGAGUUUAUUUGAAACCUUGGGGUAUUUUAGCAGCAAAACCGUGUCCUCGUCGGCUUCGUCUUUUACACGGGCUUCCCUUUGCUCUGGCCCGCGAAACGAGCCACCUUCCACACAGAACCACCCAAAUCGUCCAACCUUACAUUUCUCUCUGUUCAGGCACAAGUCUGGGUUUCAGUACCCCACGCUGCAGCCCUGCUGCUGCCGAGCCACACACAGCGAUGCCAAGCUGAAGGACCCUUUCACGUUAGCCCAGAAGGACUUAACAAGCUUAUAUGACGAUAUUAAAAAGGAGCUGUUUGUUUCUAAAAAAGAGCUGAAGUAUUUAUGCGACUACUACUUUGACGGCAGGGGCAAGGCCAUCCGGCCCAUCAUCGUCGUCCUGAUGGCUCGCGCCCUUAAUAUCCACAGCAACAGAGCUGGAGAUCUGCUUCCGGGGCAGAGAGCAGUGGCCAUGAUCACAGAGAUGAUUCAUACUGCCAGCCUAGUGCACGACGACGUGAUAGAUGGAUCGGAUGAGAGGAGAGGAAAGAGGUCCAUCAAUGAAGUUUGGGGAGAAAGAAAGGCAAUCCUGGCGGGAGAUUUCAUCCUGUCCGCGGCCUCGAUGGCUCUGGCCCGUAUCGGAAACAUCACAGUGGUGAAAGUGCUGUCGCAAGUGAUAGAGGACCUGGUCCGAGGAGAAUUCAUGCAGCUGGGCUCCAAAGAGAAUGAGAACGAGCGAUUCAAACACUACCUCGAGAAAACCUUCAAGAAGACGGCGAGUCUCAUUGCAAACAGUUGUAAAGCAGUGUCCAUUCUGGUAAACUCUGAUCCCGAAGUUCACGAGAUAGCCUACCAGUACGGGAAGAACGUCGGCAUCGCGUUCCAGUUAGUGGACGACGUGUUGGACUUCACAUCAGGAGCCGCACAGCUGGGCAAGCCGUCGGCGGCGGACCUGAAACUGGGUUUGGCCACCGGGCCGGUCCUGUUCGCCUGCCAACAGUUCCCUGAGCUCCAUGCCAUGAUCAUGAGACGCUUCAGCUCCAAAGGAGACGUAGAUCGAGCCUGGCAGUACGUCCUUCAGAGUGACGGCGUGCAGCAGACCACUUUUCUGGCCCGGCGCUACUGUCAAGAAGCCAUCCGACACAUCAGCAUGCUCCGGCCGUCCCCAGAGAGGGACGCCCUGAUCAGGCUCACCGAGAUCGUGCUGAGCAGAGACAAGUGAAGCUCCACUGCUGGCCUUCUGUUCUGGCAGCUAUCUGCUGAAGGGAGACUCAACCCCGGCUCAGGUGGAGCACAACCGGCGAGACAAAGGAGUGGGACUCUGGUUCAGAGCCACUCCCAAAAAACGUUCUCAUGACUGAGUCACUUCACCGCGUGUCGACAUAGAAAUACGAAUGAUUUAUUCUGUGUUUUCCACUCCCGAGGUGGAGUCACAGCGAGGAUUUGGGAUUAAAUUAUAUUGUAAAAUGAACAAAUGGCACUGAAAGGCACCCUUAACCUUCUCUUUAUUCAGUACUGUAAAUGUGACAACCUCCGUGCGUCGGACUGGCCGGCUGCGACUGGGCAGCUUUGUUACAGGCUAGUCUCGAGCCGGGGAGUUGUUACCACAACGUGUAAUUCCAAAUGUGGUGGGAGUGCAAACAUGUUGUCAUUGUGUUUGUCUGGAUGCGAUCCGUCCACACCUCAAAGGCCAAACAGUCACGUGUCUUCUGUAAUGCAAAGUGUCCUGUAACAACCAAGGCCUUAACAUCUGCAUUGACUGUGUGCUCAAUAAACCAACUGUUUCAUUUUUCCUCCUUUUGUUUCUCAUUUCCCCCGAA